AUGCCCUCGGCGUCCCCGGUCACUGAAUCCACACUCAAGUCAUCCGCGGGCAAAGCCCGCAAAGCUCCACUCACCGAUGUUGCGGCGGAGACGGUCGGGACCUAUGUCCGCUUCCGGCGGUCGGGGGAGCUGCCGCCCCAGUUCCUGACGCACGCGCAGCGCGCCCUCUACCGCCUCGUGAACCUGCCCACCUGGCCUGGGGGCCAGCUCUCGAGCCUGAACGGGGAGAUGGAGGCGAUCGUGAACUGGCACGUAAAGGAUAUGACGCCGGGCGACGUCGAGGCGCGCGUCUUGGUGUCGAUGAGGCGGGAUCUGUCCUCUGUCCGGCCUUUCACGUACAGCGAAACAAGCGUACAGCGAACUCUGGCGCGAUCCCGCCCCAAUCCGGACGAGAGACUGCUGCCGCGCUCGUGUUCCGGCUCGUCGACGGACUCGAGCUCGACCGCGUUUCCCGAGACAAGCCCGGACCUCAACAUAGCGCUCGAGUGGGGCUCGUUCGCGGUCCACUCCCUCGUCACGGCCCACAAGCUCGGCGAGGGCGAUCCAAGCGACGUCAGUGCGCGCCUCGCGCUGGCGGAGAAUCUGGUCCAGUUGGCCAGUGCGCACGAGGCGUUCGGGACGGCCCUGGGCGCCGUGCUGGUUAACGGCACUUACGCCCGGCUGCUCGUGCUCCGGCCGGGUCUUGUUGCCGUGGAGAACACGGCUGGGGCCGGGUCGAGGCGGGAGCUGAAGGAGGCUCUGGCUGGAACGGAGGCUCAGAAGGCGCAGGGGACGCAAGAAACGCGAGAAACGCAAGAGCGACAGGGAUCGCAGAGUGUGGCCGAUUUCUGCAACAACGCACGCGUGGGCAGCUGGCCGCACCAGCUCCGAGCCACCGAGCUUGACAGCGCUGGAGCAUACUUGGACUGGGCAAGGCGGGCCGUGGACCAGCUGAGGCCGUAUAGCGUGCACCACGCCCCGGGCCGACUGGCCUUUACGCCAUGGCACGGCGACCGCGUCAACGAGGACAUCGACGGGGACGCUACGCCGAAAGCCUCCGCGACACAGCUCCCGGAAGAGGAGCCAGCGACGGAUGGGAGAGACGCGCCACAGAGCGAAGACGCACCCGACGAGAAGGAGGAGGAGGACGAAGACGACGACGGGCUCCCCCUGGGCGCCACAGCUCGGAGCUUUAGCUUCGCGCGGACGAUGCGGAUCUUGACGGACUCUCUGCGGGACUGGCGUGUGGUCGCUGUCAGCCCGGGGUUGAUAGAGCAGCUGGCGGAGCGCGUGCUGGGAUGA